AUGUACGACGUCACCGCCGACGACUGGACUCCACAUCCAUCGGGGAGCGAUGCUCCUUUUGACGUGAGCUACCACAAGUGCCCCAGUGGGACAGCCUUGUCUACUUGGUCCCUUAUCUAUGGCACCAUCAGCGGGAACAACUGGGAUCGGAUCGACAUGCACAGUGCCGACGGCUGUAUGACCCUCACCAGGCUGCGCACGCCCGGAGCACAGCUGUAG